CAUAAAACACAAGAAGAAGAAGAAGAAGAAGAAGAAGAAGAAACAGAUCAUAAUUUGUGAUUUAUACCUUCGCGCAAGGUUAUAAAUACAGAAAAAAACAUGUUUUUUUUUAUUUUUUAUUUAAAGAGCGACUGUUAAACUCAUCCGGGUCGCUGGGCAGGUUAGCUCCAUGCUAGCAUGUUCUUAGCUUAGCAUCAAGCUAACUCAAGUAGACUUCCGUCGCUUUUCCUGUCUAGUUUUAUUUUUGUUCUUUCUGUAAAAAAAAAAAAGCGCUCAGCCGUGAUGAGCACCAUGAUCAAACGGAUAUUUCUGAGCAGGUUAACGUCUCAGGUCUUGUCCUGCACCAGAACAUCACCUCUCCUCUCAGGCUGUUUUCAGCCUCGUUCAGCUCACACACCAAUGCUUCAGAGCUGUUGGGGAACCCUCGCGCCUAAAGUCACAUCCCGUGUCAGAUACUCAGACCUGUCCACGCAGAAAUACUCCAUCAUUUACACCCUGCCACACAUUAAGCUCCUUCGAGCUAUAUCCAGGCUCAAGCUGCUUCAGACUGCAAUCACUAUGGUCAUCUUGCCCCCAGUGUACAUCCUCUACUUUCAAGGAAGUGUCUCCUCCUUUCUAGUCAGCUACUCGACUGGGAUUGCGCUUUUCGCGGGUGUCAUGCUCUACGCGGCCAGUCACCUCUUUCGACGAGUCGUUGGAAUGAUGUACCUGGAUCCGUCCCGGACCACGCUUAAAGUGUCUCACCUGUCUUUCUGGGGCAAGCGUCAAGACGUCUACCUUCGCGUCUCCGACGUGAUGACCAUCUGGGACACCGGAGACUCUGCAACUGAGACUAUUCUGAAGCUUAAGAGAUACAGCAGUCCAGAGACGUUUUAUUUCUCCACUCGUUUUGGACGGAUAGUGGAUAAAGACGGCUUUGAAAAGGUCUUUGGAAGUUCAAAAUAACUGUUUAACAGGACAGAGUGACUUGACUAAAGUGAAUUGAAUUAUUGUACGAGAGAUGUAUGCUUUUGCAUGUUAAAUUAUUAAAACAAAGUUGGAAAGGUCUUGGUACAAUUUCAGAGGUCCCAGCAGUCUCACAAUUUUUAAGAACCAGUGGGUAGUUUUUAUUUUAUUUUAUUUUAUUUCCAUUUAAAUAAAGCUUAAGCAAAGUCUUGCGUUCA